CCAGUAUCCGGGAGGGUCGAUUAAACCUCACGUUUGCUGAUCAAAAACCGAAGCAACACAAGUUUGGAAGCCAGAAGCUUUACCCUUUCUUUGGAUUCAUUCCUCGUUUCAGAAAUGAGUUACGUUCAAGAAGCCAGAGAAAAUCACGUUAAGAAGAAGGUUGAAGAAGCUUUAAAAAGCAAAAUGAAGGCGAAGGCGUUAAAGGAAUGUGAUCAUUACACUGCUAAAUAUGCUGAGUGUGCUACAGGGAGAACGUUUUCUGUUGUUUGGAAAUGCCGUGCACAAGCUAAAGAGUUGAAUAAUUGUCUUCAUGACUAUACAAAUGACAAAGUUUUGGAAGAAAUGAAGAAAGAGUAUGCGCUUCAAGAAGAAUCCAAGAGACCCGUUGGAGUCUAGCUACGUUGUUGUUCUUUUCCUAGACGAUAUUUCAUGGUUUGUGAUUUGUUGUUCAGUUUGACAUUAGUCAUUUGCCAAAUAGACCCGGGCCUUUAAUAUGGUAUCAAACCAAGAUAAUCGUUGAAUUCGGUGUUCUUGAGGUGUCAAGGUGAGAUUGGUCGAUGUUAUGCGUGUUUGAACAACUUAUAAAACCUGCAAUUAGCGCUUAUCAUGUGAAAACCGUGUAAGCUCUCGAUACAAGUUGUUCUUCCUUUUGAUUUUGGUUUUCCAUAUACUACUUUUUUUU